AUGGUGUCGCACUACGCCCUUCACAAUGACCCUGCCUUCCUCACAGAGGACAUCUUGGACCUUGUGGUGAUGCUAGAGCUGUCCGCCCUUAUAAUCUUGGCCGAGGCGGCGGAUGUACCGAAGAUAACCCAGAAGGUCUUCAUCGCAGCCUGCCUCGUCUACUGUUCCGUCCUCUCAGCUGCACCGCUCUUCCUACCAGACCUCCCGAACUGGGAUCCGGACACCAAGGUGCAGAUCCUUUUCUUUGCGGCAAUGACUCCGAAAAGUCAAUUCAUCAGUGCUUACGGGACGAUGGCAGUCCUCUUAACUAAGGCAGCGGUGAGCGUGAUUUUGCAGAAGAACGAUUUCAUGUUUCUUCGAUGUCACUAUGAGUAUUGCCUAGAUCAGCUAGACACCUCCUUCGCCAAACUGGCUGCGACGGACCCCUCCUGCAUAUUCUACUCAGACUUCCGCCGGGCCUUGCAAGAGAUGGGCGUGUCAGAUAGCCACAUAUUUGCUGGCUUCAAUGCCCUUGACAUCCAGCAGAGCGGGCGUGUCAGUUUGCAGAACUUUCGGCGCUGCUUGAAGGACGUCUUCACGGCAUCCCCAGAUGCUUCUCACGUCUCGCUUCUGGCCCAGUUCUGCCAGGAGGCCUUCUGCAACGUGUCAGGUUACGCUUCUCUCGACUCCAUGUUGGGCUUGGUCCUGAGCCAGUGGCGUAAGAUUCGGAUGAACGAGUUUGGCCAACUGCUCUACCACUACCUCAUGCAGGAUCCGGGAGUGGAGCGUCUCUUCCGAAGCGCCAGCUUUCGUACGCAGUCGUUGCUCUUCGCUUCCUUUGUGCAAGUUGGCCUCGGAUGGCUCGAAGAGAAGGACUUUCGACGGGUCGAAAGAGACAUGACCUCCCUAGGCAUGCGGCACGUCGGUUAUGGGGUCCACCCCAGCCACCUCUGCGUCUUCCAGUUGGCCUUGUUGAGGGCGCUGUCCAACCGGCUCAAGGGCCUGCCGCCAGAAGCGGAGAUGGCCUGGUCGGUGGUCUGGCUUCACUUUAUCGCCAUCCCCUUCACACAGGGGCUCCUGACCACGGAGGAGACCGAGAAGAGAGUCGUCACUGGGACGGUCCGGGACUUGCUGCAGCAGGCAACCAGCCACAAGAGCUUCCUGCCCAGCUUGGCAGCAAACUUGAACAACGUGCCGGGAGGCGAGCACAACUGGAGCAACUCCGUCUUCAGGGAUGCAGCUCACGAGUUGAGCCACAUGGGGAUCUUGGUCUCCUUCAUUCAAGACACUGCCGAGACGCUGUACGCAGGCGAGAUGCUCAAUGCCCGGAAGCGGCUUCGGCAAGUGGCAACCAUCCACUGGGAUCGUGGUGUUUUUCCAAGGCACAUGCUCACGUUUCAGCACGCUGCGACGAUGACGUUUCGAGAGAUUCUGGGUCCUGAGGUGUUCAGCUCCUUUGCAGAGACGAUGUGGGCCAUCUUUUUCCAAGUGGAGGUGCUGGACGUCCUGCUUCUGGCACCCUUCGGCGAAACUCAGGACAAGGUGGAGUCCUGGGCUUUGAGCUGCAAGGUGCACUUCGUGGACAAGCAUUCCUGGACGCUCUUGAUGAAAAUCGCAUCUUUGGAUGAAGGCCUCGCUUCCAAAGGAUACCAGCGCUUGUGCGCCGAGAGCGGGAAGGAUGUGCAAAAGCUGAGCGUGGACGAUGUUGUGAAGACUUUCUGUGACGAAAGCAUGCAGCAUCCAUCGUGGACCUUCGACCGAGUCGUUCAGAACUACUGCUCGACGCCCCCGGCGGUGGCCUUGCUUGAGUGA